GAUCUAUGGAAGCCCGGUUCAGAAAUUUUAGGUUCGAGCUUAGCUCUGACUCAUGGAGGACCUAAACGAAUAGGCCUGAGCCCAACCCACAAUGGUUAUGAAAUCAUGAGCUUGAGUCCAGCCAAAAUCUGAGCCCACCACCCACUUUUACACAAGAUCUAGGCCGUCCAUUAAAUAUGCAUAUAUGACAAAAAUACCCUUGAAACCCUACAAGAGCUGGGCUUGGGCGAGCUGAUGGGCGCUUAUACAUCCGGCCCAAUCAGAUCUCGGCCCUAAUGUCCAGCCCAAGCCCGCCUAAAGCAGGCCACGCCUUAAAAUCCCCAGGCUUUGAUCCUACAGUCCCAUCAGUGAUAAUCCAGACCAUUCAUUUAGAACAGGCACUGAACGUUGGCCAAAUCUCACUGAUCAAACAUCCUCACCGUAUCAAAGGUGAGAUCUUCCCCGCAUAACUCGGUCCCUGAUAGAUGAACGGUGUGGAUCAUCACUUUCUGUUACAGAAGCCUCAGCAGAUAUGGCGCGAAUCCUUAAACCCUUUUCCCAUAAAAACAGUUAUUCCCGAAAGAGUCGGAGGAUGAAAAGAUGAUAGCCGUCGCUUCAUCGUCACCCCUUCAUUCAAACUCCCACCUCCAACGGUCCUCAGUCUCGUUAACCUACACCACAGCUACCUUAACCUGCGCACACCCCUUCAUCUCUCUACUCCAGAAAUGCUCAAACACUCUGCAACUCCAGCAAAUCCACUCGCUCAUGCUCAAGACCGGCGCUUUCCACAACGACCCUCUUCUCUUCACGAGGCUCCUCUUCGCUUCCUGCUCUUUCUCGGACGAUCCUUUCAGCCGCCGAUACGCCCUUCAGAUUCUUUCGUUAUCCCCAUUUCGGAAUACGAUCGUCUACAAUUCCGCGAUCCGGGGAUUUUCUCUCGGUUCGAUGCCGGAAGAAUGCCUAUUACUCUAUUUGGAGAUGCUUGAAGAGGAGACCUUUUUCCCCGAUCUGUAUUCAUUCCCUUCUCUUCUCAAGGCGUGUUCGAGAAUUUCCGCGUUUUCGGAAGGAACCCAACUCCAUGGAUGUGCUGUUAAAGUCGAGGCUGUUGCGGAUCCUUGUGUACAGAAUGCGCUGAUUGGAAUGUAUUCUGCGUGUGGGAUGAUAGGUGAUGCGCGCCUUGCGUUUGAUAAAAUGCCGGAAAGGACUUGCGUGUCUUGGAAUUGUAUGAUUGCCAGUUACGCUGAAAUUGGUUGUUGGGAAGAUAUGAAAUCUUUGUUUUGGUUGAUGGUUGAGCAGUCUUCUUUAGCGCCCAGUUCGAUUACGCUGGUGAGAAUGAUAACUGCAUGCACUAGGUCGGGGGAUUUUAAUUCGGGGAAGCGUGUUCAUCGGUAUAUAGAGGAGAAUCAUGUUGUGUUGUCGGUCCAUUUGGGGAAUGCUUUGAUGAAUAUGUAUGCGAGGUUUGGGGAAAUGGAAACUGCUCAUAAGUUGUUUGAUGAAAUGCCUGAAUCAGAUGUGGUUUCCUGGACCACAUUGGUUAGUGGGUAUGCAGGGGUUGGAUGUCUGGAGCAUUCCCGCAAGCUCUUUGGUAAGAUGCCUAAUCGGAAUGUUGUCACCUGGAAUGCAAUGAUUGCUGGCUACAUUCUUAAUGGUUGCUUCAAAGAAGCUGCUUUUCUUUUCGGAGAGAUGCUGGCUCUAGAUGUGAAACCUGAUAAAGCUUCUAUUGUUAGCAUGCUUUCGGCUUGUGUGCAGUUAGGGGAUCUACGUAUGGGUAGAACAUUGCAUGCAUAUGUCGAGAAAGUCCGCACCAACUUUCCCCUUGAAUUGGUUAACUCUCUUAUAGAGAUGUAUUCUAAGUGUGGGAGCAUGGACCCUGCCGAGGCAUUGUUCAAAAGAAUGGAGGUUAAGAAUGAGAUCUCUUGGACUCUGAUGGUGGUGGGUUAUGUGAAAUGUGGAGAGAAGGAAGUCGCGCUAGAAAUUUUUAACAAAAUGCCUCAUAAGGAUGGAGUUUCAUGGAAUGCCUUGACAUCUGCUCUUGCUCAUUGUAAUUACUUCAGUGAAGCCUUGAGCCUUUUCCAUGAGAUGCAAAGGGCAGAAGUGAGUUCGAAUGAUCUUACUUUGGUGAGCUUAUUGUCUGCUUGUGGAAGGGUAGGGGCUCUCGAAUUAGGCAAAUGGAUUCAUGCUUAUGUAGAUAGGAAUAACAUAGUAAUGGAUGCACACUUAGCUUCUUCACUCAUAGAUAUGUAUGCAAAGUGCGGAUGCAUAGAGCUAUCGCUUGAAGUGUUUGAUGACAUGCCUAAAAAAGAUGUUUUAACAUGGACCAUGAUGAUUCAAGGGCUUGCAAUGCAUGGUCAUGGAAAACAUGCUCUGAAUCUCUUCAACCAAAUGAUGCAAGAGGGUGUGCAACCGGAUGGCAUCACAUUUAUUGGAGUUUUGAGUGCUUGCAGUCAUGGAGGCUUUGUAGACGAGGGCCGCCACUAUUUCAAUUUGAUGACUCAAGUUUAUGGUAUUUCUCCCAAGACCGAACACUAUAGUUGUAUGGUGGAUCUCUUUGGUCGCUGUGGCCUUUUGAGUGAGGUGGAGGACUUCAUGAAGAACAUACCUACAAACUCAAAUGGGGAGGCAAUCUGGGGAGCCUUGCUUGGUGCUUGUAGGAUUCAUGGCAAUGUUGAACUAGCAGAGUAUGCAAUGAAUCACCUCCUUGAGUUGGACCCAAGCAAUUCAGGAGCCUAUGUUCUUCUAUCUAAUGUGUACGCUAAAGCUUCCCAGUGGGCUGAUGUUGUAAAGGUUAGGAACAUGAUGAAGGGUAAUGGGAUCCAAAAGAUGCCUGGUUGUAGUUUGAUUGAGGUGAAUGGCACGGUUCAUGAAUUCUUUGCUGGCGACAUUUCUCAUCCGCAAUCCAAAGAAAUCUGUUUGUUGUUAGAUGAAAUGGAACAGCAAUUAGAAUCUUCUAAUCACUUACAAGAAUUUGACAUCUGCACUGGAUAUAUAUGAGGGAAGAGAACAUGUAAGCAACAAUCUAGUGAUGGCCGUUGUGCUCAUUAGCACAAACAAUAAGACGCCAAAGAAGAAGGAAUUUUGGGGUUUCUCAAGUGAUGCGGCAUGGUAAAGUAUCUUAUCUGCAAAUUUUCUGUCAUUAUCCAUUGCGAUUGGUUUUGAUGAUGUGAUGCUUUUUCAAUGGUUGUGAUGUCAAUCAUACCGUUAUCAGUAGUGGGUUGAAUUGCACAGCAGAUCAUUCUUGAUACCUCCAGGUUCACUUGGUGGGCAGCGAAUGCAUCCGGUAAACUACUGGCAGCUCAUUUUCUAAACAGAAUUCAACUAUACAUAGUUGAAAUGUUCAUCCAUAGUAUUUAACAUGUCAAAGUGUAGAUAUGCACAUGUGGUUUUACUGUAUAUCUUGUUUCUACUGCUCUCAAUAUUCAAAUACAAUAGCAUUCCUUGAUAGAGAAUGGAAAUCUUAGUUUCCCUUUGCUCA